UUUGUGAGAACGAUUCAUUUGCGCCUAGACUCGUUCGACAUCAUGUGGGCUCUGGUCUUGCUAUCGUAUCUAAUAAGCCCUAUCUUAGCAGAACCUUCUCAAACCCAGGGUCUUACUGCAGUGGAUAUAGUGAUAAGUGGUCUAAAGGAACAGGCGUGGACUGAUGAUGACCAACCAUGUCUUGAGCAAACACUAUUUAUACUGGACAAUGUGAGGAAUUAUACUGCUUGGGCAGUUUGGGUAUGGAACUCAAUGCACAGUCCAGUCGGUACUUUCUAUGGAUCCGAAUACAGCUUAGGAAACUAUGACCAAUGUUUAAAUGCACCUACAACUGCAGCUGAUCCUGGAUUAGUUACUCAGUACUGUCUAGCUGACAUCACACUGACUGAGAAAGAAUAUGGAAAGAAGCAUCAUGAUGUAUUGGGAUCUACAGAACCUUAUUUGGCUACCAGAACUCCUAUCGGCCGUAACCUCAACAGAGUAAUCUGGGGAACCUGCCUACCUUCCACUUGCAAGCCUGACACCAUCUCCAAGAUCCUCAGGGUUAUGUACCAGAUCAACCCUCUGACUCCAUCAGUGCCGAGGAUCACUGUGGAUACAUGUGAAGCAGCUGACAAGACUACGGAGUACAGUUUUGGAUUUUAUGCUUUUAUGACAUUAACAACACUACUGGUCGCCACUUCAGUAAUAUCCACAUAUUAUAUUCAGCGCUCGGACACAAAAACUUCUUUCCACACAAUAGCAUACGCGUUCUCAUUGCAACGCAACUGGUCGGCGUUGACUAGAAAAACAAAUGACGACAUAGGAAUACUGAACCUCCUCAAAGUGGGUCUCGUGACGUUGGCUGUGACCACGCAUACAGCCUUCUUUGAAGUCAUGGGGCCUAUCAGUAAUGGACUGCAUUUUGAUGAUGUAAUGCUAGAAACGAAAAAUCCUCUCCUGAACAUGGUGAAGCACAUAGACCUGCCGGUGGACAACUUCCUCAUACUGUCAGGGAUGUUUCUCGUCCAGGGCCUCAUGGCGAAGAAUAAGAAACCAUUGGUUGGUCUUGUCAAUCGGUACUUUAGGCUCACAGCCUCAUAUGCAGUGGUGAUAUUUUACGUAGCAUCAGUAGCAAUAUACACUGGGGCGGGACCUUUUUGGCAGAAGUUCGCCGGGAGAGAACAACAGGCGUGUGUGGAGAAUUGGUGGCUCAACCUGCUGAUGUUGAAUAAUUAUAUUAAUUCUGAUAAUAUUUGCCUCAUAGUAAGCUGGUAUAUCCCAUGUGACUACCAGCUAGCAGUCAUGGGUACCAUGCUGUAUUUGCUGUACCAGAACAAGAUCCUGGGCAAGAAGACGGCAGUCCUGACUGUACUGGUGGCUGUGAUGAUACCUGGAGUAGUCACUUAUUGGAAGAAGCUACCUGGCUUUCUACUGUACCAUAAUUUAGAGACUAUGUUAGACAUAAGAAAGAACGAUGUCUACGUGGAGACAUACAUCAGAAGCCACAACAGAGCUGGUCCCUACUUCGUGGGGAUGGCGAUGGGAUACAUCAUCACCAAGUACGAACCUAAACGUUAUCGGAAUGUUAUUUCCAAGAAACUAUCCCUCCUGCUAUUCACAUUAGCGUGUGUAACAGCCUACAUAGUGGCGACACACCCACUGUCCUACGUCGGCUUGCAGUACCACCACCUCAGUUCCGCCCUAUACGCCGCCUACAGCAGGAACCUGUGGGCCAUAGCCACCUGCACCACUAUUGCAGUCAUCGAGUAUGGACCUGUUGCCAGUGUACGUGGCAUCGCGAGCUGGCAUGGGUUCGCGGUGCUCAGCCGGCUGGCAUACGGGGUCUACCUGACCCACUCCAUCAUCCUGCAGCAGAACUUAUACUCCAGGAGAAAUGUCCAGCAGUUCGACUUGAUAUACUCUGAGGGUAUGCAUGGCUUCGGUAUCCUGGCCAUAUCGGUGGUGUUCUCCCUUCUCCUCUGGCUGUUUGUGGAAGCUCCAUUGAAUAACAUAGUCAACCUAUUCACCAAUUCUGGAUCGAAGAAAGAGAUUGUGAACCAAAAGACCAAAGAGAAUGGUGAAGGAAAUUCCAAAAUGUCGGAUAAAAUAAAAUAAAUAACUUUAGUAUAACGUAUAAAGCACACUGUCAUGAAUAAAACUAUGUAACAGAACAAAUAUUCUAAAAACAACGUCAUGGCUUUGUGUACCUAUUACCUAGUUAUUAUUAGUCAUUUAAGCUCAUUGUAAGUGAACCAUGUUUUUUAUAAGUAAAUAAAUAAAAUAAACAA